AUGUUAAGGAUAUCGGAUCAAGAUUGCCUUCGUGGGGUGGACAAAGAUAAGGAGUCCGUCUGCACUUUCAAGGGUGUAUGCGAGUACUGGCACUAUGGAGCACAGAACACCGAUGACAGGGGUUGGGGAUGUGGCUACCGUACACUGCAAACAAUAAUCUCCUGGUUCAAAAUCAACCUCUCCCUUCAAUCUACCUUUCCUGAUCUUGAAGAUAUUCAAUCAAUUCUUGUGAGUGCAAACAUGGUACCGAAGUCUUAUCUCAAAUCCCAAAAUUGGAUUGGUUCGGUUGAGGUCGGGGCCGUUAUCCAUCAUCUGACUCAUACUGACUACAGGAUUGUUCAAGUUCAAAAUGGUAAAUUCACAGAAGAGCAUUUGGAUCACAUCCGCAAACACUUUGAACUUGAAGGUGCACCAAUUAUGAUGGGCGGUAAUCAGGACAAUUCUUCCAAGUGCAUUCUCGCCUUAAAAGAGAGCCUCGACUCAAAAUCAGCCUCCUUGCUAAUUCUCGACCCACAUUACUAUACUGCAAGUGGAGAAAAGGAACCCGAUUUGGAAUUUCUCUGGAAAGAAGGCUGGUUGAAGUGGUGUAAAACGGAUAAUUUAGUAGAAACUGAUUUUUACAAUAUGUGCAUGCCAACGGCUGCAUAUAAAUAG